AUUGUUUUAGUUUAAUAUUUAUUAUGUUUUAGUGUACUUAGUGUAAUACAAUAUACAAUAAAAGAAUUUUAUCUAAAAAAAAAACUAUUAAGUAUAUCAUAAUAUAGGUACUGGUUUUAAUUCGGAUAUCGCUGGGACGAUCUGGUUACGAUUUUGUUUUCACGGCACAGGUUGAAACGGAGGAAACAUUCGUAUUUUUAAUUAAAAUACAUUAAAGAAUUAAAAUACAUUAACAAAAUAUGUUUGGGCUUCAAUGGAAUUGUUUUAUUAUAUCGUGAAGUUUUCGCAUUUCUAUAAUAUUUAUUAAGUGAUGAUAUUUAAGUUCAACUAAUCACUACUCCAUUCGGAUAUGUAGUGCUGAUGCUGAUCGAUAUAUCGUGAUCUUCCUCUCUAUUUUGUAACAACUAUGUAAAUUGUACCAUAGUUAGCAAAAAACGAUAUAUUAUUAAAACAUGAAUUGAAUGACAAAUCCACAUCCCUAACAAACUUACCUACACAGUUCCUCACAAAUACAAAAUCCUUGAGUGAAACCAUGCGUGCUAGCCCUACCCUGCGUUGACAUUUUGACAUACAACUGUCAAUGUCAUUAGCAGUUCGCAUUGCGCGCGCCUCCUUUUGUUUACUUUACGUCUGACCGUUAUCAUUUUAACUGGGAGUUGGUGCAUCUUAUUUUAAAAAUAUUACUUCACCAAAUCUGCCAUACUAAAAAUAUAGCUAAUCAAUUGAGAUACAUUAGUCACUGUGCUAACAACUUCGCCCAAAAUCAGUUUUUUAAAUUUUGCACUUACUGGUGAAAAUAUUACCACACGAUGCCUAAUUUGAGUUUCCUGGAUAAAUACUCAAAUCAGUCGGCGAAAAAAACAGUAUACGUGUGUACAUUUGAAUCUCCAGUGGGUGAAGUGAUUGCAGCUGCAGACAAUGAAUAUUUGUACGUUGUCACUUUCGAGGAUUCUAAAGUGUUCGAAAAAAGUUUCAAAACUCUUAGUGAUGAACUAUCCUGUAACUUUAAGCAAGAAAAGAAUGGUAUUUUGAAUCAGUUUGAAAAGGAACUCAUGGCAUAUUUGAAUGGUGAUAUAAAGAAGUUCUCAGUGCCUAUAAAAUCCUAUGGCUCUGACUUUCAGAAGGAGGUUUGGAACAAGCUCUUAGAGCUUCCUUAUGCAUCAACAAUGUCUUAUGGUGACCUGGCUAAAGCCAUGGGACGGCCAGGCAGCCACGCCAGGGCUAUCGGUGCAGCCUGCGGUGCAAAUUCCCAUCUCGUGGUGGUGCCCUGUCACCGUCUAGUGGGAUCUGCAUCCAAAGGUGGGUUCAACAGUGGGGUUGACCGAAAGGAAUGGCUACUACAACAUGAAAAGAAACAUUCAUGAUUUUGGUAAUGUAAAAUUUGUAUUAUAAAUAAGUACAAAAUAAAUCAUUUUGAUUUUUCUCUUAUUCAUAAACAUUCACUAAAGUUAUAAUGCUGAUAAAGUUUGUUUGUCCC